AUGAAGUCUCGAGUUGUCAAAAUAGACUCUGAAGAAACAUGGGAUUUCUUCACUUCUCAAGCUAAAAAACAAGGCUGUCCUGUUAUAGUACACUUUACGGCGUCAUGGUGCAUGCCUUCAGUAGCUAUGAAGCCGUUUUUCAGAAGACUGGCCUCAAGUCACCAUGGUAUUUUGUUUCUACGGGUGGAUGUCGAUGAGGUUAAGGAGUUAGCAUCAAAGAUGGAGAUUAAAGCCAUGCCCACUUUUUUGUUCAUGAAGGAAGGGGAUCUGGUGGAUAAGCUUGUGGGUGCCAAUCCAGAGGAGAUCAAGAAGAGGAACCCCAAAUUUGAAUUCUAUCAUGGGCUUCCCCUUUUCGUCGAUUUUAACCCUCGGAAACCACCUCCACCUCAAGCCAUCGCAUUCCACAUCCGGCCAUCAUCUACAUCCCCAGACGCCGUACUAACAUCUCCAACUCCGGCCGUCGCCUCGGUCCACAAUCGCGGUACUCACAUCGAACUCCGGGCGAUGGAAUCUUUAUUUGUCUCAACAGGGAUGGGAGGACGGAAUUUUGGUGUUUGUCAUGGCUUGACUCUAUUUGUAGCUUAUGAAAUGAGACAAUGUUUUGUGGUUUAUCCCCUUUUUAGUGCCUCAGUUUGUAGUGUAAUGGCUUUACUGAAUUGA